CAUUUGAGUGGGAAUCUCAAAGCAGUUGAGUAGGCAGAACAAAGAACCUCUUCACUAAGGAUUAAAAUGUAUAGGCCAGCACGUGUACCAUCGACUUCAAGGUUUCUGAAUCCGUAUGUGGUAUGUUUCAUUGUUGUCGCAGGGGUAGUGAUCCUUGCAGUGACCAUAGCUCUACUCGUUUACUUUUUAGCUUUUGAUCAAAAAUCUUAUUUUUACAGAAGCAGUUUUGAACUCAUGAAUGUUGAAUAUAAUAGUCAGCUAAAUUCACCAGCUACACAGGAAUACAGGACUUUGAGUGGGAGAAUUGAAUCUCUGAUUACUAAAACAUUCAAAGAAUCAAAUUUAAGAAAUCAGUUCAUCAGAGCUCAUGUUGUCAAACUGAGGCAAGAUGGUAGUGGUGUGAAAGCAGAUGUUGUCAUGAAAUUUCGAUUCACUAGAAAUAACAAUGAAGCAUCACUGAAAAGCAGAAUUCAGUCUGUUUUACGACAAAUACUGAAUAACUCUGGAAACCUGGAAAUAAACCCUUCAACUGAUAUAACAGCAAUUACUGGUGAGGCUACAGCAGAUCUAGUUAUUAGAGAAUGUGGGGCCGGUCCAGACCUAGUAACAUUGUCUGAGCAGAGAAUCUUUGGAGGCACUGAGGCGGAGGAGGGAGGCUGGCCGUGGCAAGUCAGUCUACGGCUCAAUAAUGCCCAUCACUGUGGAGGCAGCCUGAUCAGUAACAUGUGGAUCCUGACAGCAGCUCACUGCUUCAGAAGCAACUCUAAUCCUCGUCAAUGGAUUGCCACCUUUGGUAUUUCCACAAGAUAUCCUAAACUGAAAAUGAGAGUAAGAAGUAUUUCAAUCCAUGGCAAUUAUAAAUCUGCAACUCAUGAAAAUGACAUUGCACUUGUGAGACUUGAGGAAAGAGUCCCCUUUACCAAAGAUAUCCAUAGUGUGUGUCUCCCAGCCACUACCCAGAAUAGUCCACCUGGCUCUACUGCUUAUGUAACAGGAUGGGGAGCUCAAGAAUAUUCCGGCCCCACAGUUACAGAACUAAGGCAAGGACAGGUCAGAAUAAUAAGUAAUGAUGUAUGCAAUGCACCAUAUAGUUAUAAUGGAGCCAUCUUACCUGGAAUGCUGUGUGCUGGAUUCCCUCAAGGUGGAGUGGAUGCAUGCCAGGGUGACUCUGGUGGCCCGCUAGUACAAGAAGACUCACGACGGCUUUGGUUUCUUGUGGGCAUAGUAAGCUGGGGAGAGGAGUGUGGCCUGCCAGAUAAGCCAGGAGUGUAUACUCGAGUGACCGCCUACAUUGACUGGAUCAGGCAACGAACUGGGAUCUAAUGCAACAAGUGCAUCCCUGUUGCAAUGUCUGUAUGCAGGUGUGCCUGUCCUGAAUUCCAAAGCAUUAUUUUUCAGCUGAUAAAGAAACCAGAAAUGUCCUAAUUUAAUAUCUUGUUGCAUAAAUAUGGUUGAACAAAUACUGUUUAAUCUUUAUUAUUAAAGGUUCUAUAUUUUAUCAAGAUAACUACAUGAAUGUUAUAUAGUACAGUAGUUGUGUAACAGAAGAAACACACUAAACUAAUUACAAAGUUAACAAUUUCAUUACAACUGUGGUAAAUGCUAGCAGUGAGAAAAACAGGCAACUUGAGCAUGUAUAGUAAAGGAACUUGCACAGGUCUAAUGGAUCAGAGGGGUCUUCUCUGAGGGUUUCACUAUGUAAGCAAAGUGUGGAAAUAGGCAAAGGAAAAAAGUGAUGGAAUAAUAAGACAAAAAGAACAGUAUUAGGCAAAAGAAAUAAUAUGUAUUUAAAAUUUUUAUUUACUCAAUAUCUUAUAGUUACUAUGAGUCCUAAAAUUGAAAUGUGAAACCGUUGUACUAUAUGUAUAACCUAAUCUUAAUUAUUCCCUGAGAGCAUGCUCCUAUAGGAAAUAGCUGACACUUUUCAGCUGUUUAAGGCAAAAGCGAGAAUAGUUCACUCCUCAACUGAGACCAAAAGAAUUACAAAUAUUUUUCAUCAUGAAAAAUAUCCUUCACCUACAUGAAGGGGAGACUAUAUCUACUUUACAGAGAAGCUAAUCAAUAUACCUAUGCCACCUUCUCAGGUGCUUUACAACUAUGUAGUACUUUCUAACAACAAAAUAAUAAUAAUUUUUUAAAUGAAAGAUUUAAUCAUCAGGAAGAAUUUCCCACUACAAACUUUUCAUCACUGGCAGUUAUAUUUUUGAGAGGAAAAGGGUCUUCAAUCCCUAAGUCUAAGUAAGAAGUUGAACGUUUAAAGAGGGAGAAGAGUUGGUUUGCAAAGGAAAAGGUUAAAUAGCUUAAUUUCAGUAGAAUGAUCUUGAAGACAGAAAAAUCUUUUUCACUCUUCCUCUCUCAUUUUCUCUCUCUCUCUCUCUCUCCCCAUCUCAUACACACACGCCUCCCCCACCAAAGAAUAUAAUGUAAAUUAAAUCCACCAAAAUGUAAUGGCUUGGAAAUUUAUGUAGUCUGAAUCAUGAACAUUCCUGAGUUUUUAUGAGCUCCCAGAGAAGCUAAAGUUUGCCUAUGCAUGAUCACCUAUGCAUCAGGGCUUCCUCCUUCUAGAAGCUAACUCCCUACACCAAGGCAUCAGGACUGCUCCAUACAUUUGCUGAAAACUUCUUGCAUUUUUCCUGAUGUAAAAUUGUGAAAAUGCCUACAUUAAAGCCAUCUACUUUUAAGGAAAGGGAGUUGAAAAUGCAACCAACUCUUGGAGAAAUGUACAAACAAAUCUUUGCUAUACUUUAUUUCAAAUUAAGUCUUUUAAAA